AUGUCGGGCAACAAGAUCAAGAUUUCCAUUGACCGUGGCGGCACAUUCACCGAUGUUCACGCCAUUGUGCCCGGCAAGCCUGAUAUCGUCCUCAAACUCCUUUCCGUCGACCCUUCCAACUACCAGGAUGCUCCCACAGAAGGAAUCCGCAGGGUUCUCGAGGCCGCUACUGGUGCGACAUUGCCUAGAGGAAAUCCCCUUCGAUUGGACGACAUAGAAUGCCUACGAAUGGGCACCACAGUGGCCACCAAUGCCCUUUUGGAGCGCAAAGGCAUGAGAUCUGCACUCUUGACCACCAAGGGUUUCAAGGAUCUCCUUAGAAUCGGCAACCAGGCCCGUCCCGACAUCUUCGACCUCUCAGCGAGGCGGCCCGAUGUCUUGUUCGAGGACGUGGUCGAGGUUGACGAGCGUAUCAUCCCCUCGCAUCCCCGUUCGUCUCCGGACGCUCUGUCGCCUUUCCGAGUAAUUGAGGGCACUACUGGGGAGACGUUCCACGUGGCCCAGGAAUUAAACACUGAAAAGAUCACUGCAGACCUGGAAGCUCUGAAGAAGCAGGGCUACCGCUCAGUGGCUGUUGCUCUGAUCAACUCAUUCGCCUGCCCCGACCAUGAACUCAAGAUUGGCGAGAUCGCUGCCAAGCUAGGCUUCUCAGUUGCACUGUCAUCGCAGUUGCAGCCCAUGAUCAAGGUAGUCCCUCGCGGCAUGUCGGCUACUGCCGACGCCUACCUCACCCCGGUCAUUAAAUCUUACAUCGACUCCAUCUCAGCAAAUUUCGAUGGUGGCUUGGGCGGCUCACACGGUUGCCGAGUCGAGUUCAUGCAGUCCGACGGUGGUUUGGUCGACUUCCGUCAGUUCAGCGGCUUAAAAGCUAUUCUCUCCGGUCCCGCUGCCGGUGUCGUUGGAUAUGCCGCGACAAGUUGGGACGAAGAGGCCCGAGUGCCUAUUAUCGGCUUUGAUAUGGGAGGCACAUCUACCGACGUGUCGCGGUUCGACGGUCACCUUGACCACACCUUCUCCUCCAGUAUCUCAGGUGUCAGCAUCCAAGCGCCGCAACUAGACAUCAACACCGUUGCUGCAGGAGGUGGGUCUAUUCUGUUCUGGAAGAAUGGCCUAUUCGUGGUCGGACCCGAAUCGGCGUCCGCGCAUCCUGGUCCUGCCUGCUAUAGAAAAGGAGGGCCCCUCACGGUCACCGAUGCCAACCUUUUCCUCGGCCGCCUCCUGCCUGAAUACUUCCCUAAAAUUUUCGGCCCCAAUGAGGACCAGCCCCUCGAUCGAGACAUCUCUCGGAAGCUGUUCGAGGAAAUGACCGCAAAGAUCAACUCAGAGCACGGCAUCACCCAACUCACUCCUGAGCAAGUCGCCCUAGGCUUCCUCAAAGUUGCCGAUGAAUCGAUGACGAGGCCUAUCCGUAAUCUUACAGAAGCUCGAGGGUUUGAAACUUCUUCUCACCACCUUGCAAGCUUCGGUGGUGCCGGUGGCCAGCACGCGUGCAACGUUGCCGCCUCGCUCGGCAUUUCGCGCAUCAUCAUCCACAAGUACUCGUCCAUCCUAUCGGCGUACGGUCUCGCUCUUGCUGAAAUUGUCCACGAGGCUCAAGAGCCUAUGGCUGCUUACUAUGUUGAUGCUCAGGAGCUGGUUACUGGCAAGCUACAGGGCCUCAUUGACCACACCACGAAGCAGCUGCGGACCCAAGGUUUCGUGGAGAAGCAACUCAGGCAUGAAAUCUUCCUAAACAUGAGGUAUGAGGGCUCGGAUACGAGUCUGAUGAUCCUCAAGCCCGAGGAUGGUGAUUUCUUGUCAGCCUUCGUCGAGCGACACCGCCGGGAGUUCAACUUCACAUUCCAGCGGCCGGUCAUUAUUGAUGAUGUUCGUGUCCGAACUAUCGCGUCCGCAAACAAGACAGCCGAGAAGAGUCCCCUGCAGCAGCUCAAGGAUGCGACGUUGAAGGAGGCCGGUGGACCCGCUCAUUACACAAACGUCUACUUCGACUCGGAAGCUGGAUUCAGAAGCACCCCUGUCUACCAGCUUCGAGAUCUCGGCUCUAAUGUGAAGUUGCACGGCCCUGCCAUUAUCAUCGACGAGACUCAGACCAUCGUGGUCAAUCCCAAUGCGGUCGUCCACAUUCUUGACACUUGUGUGCUCAUCGACUUGGAGUCCGCACCCCGCGAGGCCACGUACUCGUCGAAGGUCGACCCUAUUCGCCUGUCCAUCUUUGGCCACAGAUUCAUGUCUGUUGCCGAGCAGAUGGGCCGCACCCUCCAGAAAACUUCCGUCUCGACCAAUAUCAAGGAACGACUCGACUUUUCCUGUGCUCUGUUCUCCCCCGACGGCGGACUCGUCGCCAACGCUCCCCACGUGCCUGUUCAUCUCGGAUCUAUGCAGUUUGCUGUUCGAUACCAGCAUAAGCGCUGGCAAGGGCAACUGAAGAAUGGCGAUGUCUUGGUCUCCAACCACCCUAUGUCUGGCGGAACUCACUUGCCUGACGUGACGGUCGUCACCCCUGUGUUCAAGCAAGGAACCGACAAAAUCAUCUUCUACGUCGCCUCACGUGGUCACCAUGCAGACAUCGGCGGCAUCCUCCCGGGAUCCAUGCCUCCCAACUCCACCGAGCUGUGGCAGGAGGGCGCAGGCAUCGAGUCAGAGAAGGUCGUCUCCAAUGGUGUCUUCAACGAAGACCGCAUGCGCGAGCUCUUCCUUGAUAUCCCAUCCAAGUACGAUGGCUGCUCGGGUAGCCGAAACUUGAGCGACAACAUCUCGGAUCUCAAAGCUCAGAUUGCCGCCAACGCUCGUGGCAUCACGUUGAUCCAGAACCUGAUCGAUGAGUAUGGACUGGAAACCGUGCAGAUGUAUAUGUACGAGAUCCAGCGGACAGCUGAGUUGGCCGUGCGAAACCUUCUCAAGGAUAUGUACCACCGCUAUGGCGGCCGUCCGCUGGAGGCCUUGGAUUUCAUGGACGACGGCACACCGAUCAAGCUCACGAUCACAAUUGACAAGGAAGGCGCGGCUAUCUUCGACUUCGACGGUACGGGCCCGGAGGUCCGUGGUAACAUCAACGCUCCAGAGGCCAUCACCCAUUCGGCAAUAAUUUAUGCCUUGCGAUGCAUGAUCAAGUCGGACAUCCCCCUGAACCAAGGUUGCUUGAGCCCCAUUGAUAUCAGGAUCCCAAAGCCUAGCAUCCUGAGCCCCACCGGCGACUCUGCCGUUGUCGGCGGUAACGUCACGACCAGUCAGAGAGUCACCGAUGUGGUCCUCAAGGCGCUUCACGCGUGUGCUGCCUCCCAGGGUUGUCUGAACAACCUAACGUUCGGUAUCGAUGCCAAGGUCGAUGAGACAGGAAAGGUCAUUCCGGGCUUCGGUUAUUAUGAGACUAUUGCUGGUGGAGCUGGUGCGGGUGACGGCUGGCUUGGAGAGAGUGGUGUGCAUGUGCACAUGACGAACACCCGCAUUACUGAUCCUGAGAUCCUCGAGAAACGAUACCCCUGCGUGCUCCGCCGCUUCGAGCUCCGUGAUGACACGGGAGGCGCUGGACGCAACAGGGGAGGCGACGGUGUGACCCGAGAAAUCGAGUUCCUCACCCCAGUGCAGUGCUCUAUCCUAUCAGAGCGGCGUGUUCACCAGCCGUAUGGAAUGGAGGGUGGCGAGCCUGGAUCGACCGGUCUGAACCUCUGGCUCACGGCGGAUAGGUACACUGGCCAGGAAAGGAGAGUUAACAUGGGCGGCAAGGGUAGUGUGCCCAUGAAGGUUGGCGACAGGGUUGUCAUCAUGACCCCCGGUGGAGGUGGCUACGGCAGCAAGGAUAUUCAGAAUGGAACCCACUGUACAUAG